CGUAUCUCCGGAUCGCUGGGUUAUAUAUACGACCAGACGCACCACACGAUAUUCUAAUUCGCAUCAACAUCGACUCAGUCGAUCACCCAUUCUUCCAAUUCCCUCCAACUCCCUCCAAAUCUACAAUGGCCAAGAUACCUGGCCUGGCGAUUGCGCCGUCGGACAAUCCCUUCGGGUUUCAAUUUGUCUCGAAAGCAUACCUUGAUACGUAUCCUUUCAUCGACCCCACAAAGGGCGAUGCAUCAGGACUCAAUGUCCUCGUCACCGGAUCAUCCAAAGGCAUUGGCCGAGCGGCAGCCAUCUCAUUAGCACGCGCAGGGGCCUCCGGAAUCGCCUUGCUUGCCCGGUCGGACCUCGACCAGGUAGCAGAAGAGGUUCUGGAAGCUGCAAAGCAAGCAGGCCGCAAGGAGCCGAAGCUCCUGAAGCUGCGAGUGGAUAUCUGCGAUCCCGCUGCUGUGGGCGAGGCUAUCAAAGACGUUGAGACGCACUUCCAGACUCUGGACGUGUUGGUGAACAACGCUGGCCGACUGGAAGCGUGGGUUCCCCUGGCCGAAACCGACGUCGACGAUUGGUGGGCGACGUGGGAGUUGAAUGUCAAGGGGACGUACGUCGUCACUCGAGCUGCUCUUCCAUUGGUUUUGAAGAGCACUCAGAAAACUAUCCUCACUGUCUCGAGUGGCGGAGCACUUGCUACUUUCCCAGGAGCCAGCGCCUAUCAGAGCACCAAGACAAUGCAACUCCGGCUUACCGAUUUUCUGAUGGCGGAGUAUCGGGAUCAGGGCCUGAUCGCCUACGCGAUACACCCAUGCGGGGCUAAGACGGAGCUUGCGUUAAACAUGCCCACAUCCAGGCAUGACGUGCUGACACAAACCGUGGAGUUGGCCGGCGACACGAUCGCGUGGUUGACGCGAGAGAGACGGGAGUGGUUGGCCGGUCGCUUUGUCUACGGACCAGGAUCGAUGGAGGAGCUUCUGGCGAAGAAAGACGAGAUUGUGGAGAAAGAUCUGCUGAAGCUCAAGCUCGUCAUUUGAGCGAUCAAGGCGGCGCAGCCAGGGGUGCCUCGUGUUUGUUAGACCAAUCAUUGAUCCCCGCAACUACCCCAGAGUGAGCCCCACUCAGGGACUGCGAGCUAGACUUGU